UCCCCUGCAGGUCCUGUGCCAAGGAGUGAGUGUGUGCUAUCUCCUGUUAACAGUUCGCACCCAGUCCACGCCCUAUUGGAGAGUUUCACAGUCUUGUCUGGCUGUGCAAGCCGAGGCACAACAGGCCUACCACAAGAGGUGCACGUCCUCAAUCUUAGAAAUCCUGAGGAAGGUCUUGACCAUCAUGAAAGAGAGGUCACAUUACACUUGACUCCAAUUUCAUCAGUGCAUAUUCACCAGAAGCCUCUGGUGUUUCUUCUCAACUCGCCUUUGCCUCUGGUCUGGAAGCUAAAAACGGAAAGACUGGCACCUGGAAUCCGCAGAGUUUUCUUUGUGUCUUCAGGUUCCAUUGUUUGGUUCGAGAAGGGAAAUUUCUCUUUGUCAGCAGAAAUGGAAGAAAAGAAUUUUCCUGAGAGAAACGAACAUCUGUUACAGUGGGCCCAGAAGGAAUAUGGAGCAGUAACGUCUUUCACCGAACUCAAAAUAUCAAGAAACAUCUAUAUUAAAGUAGGAGAAGAUCAAGUUUUUCCUCCCACGUGCAACAUAGAAAAGAAUUUUCUCUCUUUAAAUUACCUUGCUGGAUACCUACAGCCAAAAAGAGCAGAGGGGUGCCUAAUUUCUAACUUGGCCCAAGAAAGGGAAGUUCACAUAAUUGAACUAAUCACUCCAAAUUCCAAUCCAUACAGUGCUUUCCAGGUGGAUAUAAUCGUUGACAUUAAACCAUCUCAACCUGGCGCCAAACUUGACAGAAAUGUCGUACUUAUCCUCAAGUGUAAGAAAUCGGUCAACUGGGUUAUCAAGUCACAUGAUGUCCAAGGAAAGCUGGAAGUCAUUACGUCAAAUAGUAUUGGUUUUGGAAAGGAAACAGAACGAUCCAUGGCUAUGAGUAAAUCAGUAAUACCCAAUAUUCCUUCAUCACAUGAGAGUUUGAUCAAGUGGGCAUAUGAGCAUAAAUAUAGUCCAGUUACUUCCUAUACAAAAGCCCCUGUAGCUAACAGAUUUCAUCUGCAACUUGAACAUACAGAAGAGAUGAAUGAUGAAGAAGACCAUUCUCUUCCUCCAGAGCUUACAGAAUUGCUGCAUGGCGCGAAGAAUCCUGCAUUAAGUGAUGGCCUGACUUUUCCUUUUCACAUUAAUAGAGGAGGACAUGACACAGGGGGAGAAGGAAUUUUCCCAUCCAGGGAUUCAGUGGAUACUUUAAUUAAUCAUGACUUUGAGCAUUCCCUCUCAAAACACAAAGAACCUGAAGAAGUUCAAGGCAGUGCUGAUGUAGCCCUGUCAAUAAAGUGUGAUGACAAAGUCAUGACAGUGGCUGUAGAAAAAGACUCUCUGCAGGCAAGCGGCUACACAAGAACUGAACUCUCAUUGCUGGAUCACUCUUGCAAAGCCAGGAUGAAUGGUACCCAUUUCAUUCUGGAGUCUUUGCCGAACAAAUGUGGGACUCGGACAUCAUAUAUCUUGGACAAGAUUGUUUAUUUUAACUCUAUUGUUAUUCAGCUAUCCUCACCAGCAGAAGGCAGCAGCUUUGAUGAUGAUGACAUGGAAUCAGGUGAUAAUGGAUUUCCAGGGGAUGCUGACGAGGGAGAUGUUACUUUCUCAAGCUGGCCUGAAAUAGCGUUUAAUUGCACACUGCAUCAGCCAGAGAAAGACUUUUUUAAUCCUGCCAUGUUCUGGCCUCCUGAGCCACACAUCACUAACGUGACCUUCAACAUGGAGCUCUACAAAACAGAUCUGUUCCUUGCUCCCUCCCAAGGACUCUUCUCUGUUGCUGAAAAUGGGCCAAUAUAUGUAGAGGUAACAAACUGAAAAAGGCUUUCAAGC